AUCUCAUAAUGUCACUACUUAUACACAUAAUAUUCCUCCUUGUUCGUUACCAAAAACAACAAUUUCACAUCCCUUCACCUCACCUCCAAAGUCCCGGCCAAAAAAAAAAAAAAAAAUAAAAAGCUGGAGCAACAGGGAAUGAACCACCCGAACCAUCUCCCGAUCCAUCGAGUCGGAAACGGUCCAAAACCUAACUUCCAGCGCCACCAUACGUUUCGGUAUUACGCUCACCGGGUGAAGGAGAGCCUAACCACCAGGAUCUUCAAGUUCAUAUGCACCAUCUUCUUAUUCAUUCUUUUUUUUCUGGGCCUAAUUGCCUUCAUUGUAUGGCUCAGCCUCCGCCCACAUAGGCCCAGAUUUCACAUUGAGGACUUUUCUAUUCCAGGUUUGGCCCAGGCCCAACAAACUGUAGCCCCUGAAAGUGUUGCGGUCAAUAUGAAUGUUACUAUCCGCAACCCAAACCAUAAGGUAGUAUACCACUACGAUUCAAUACAAUGUGUAAUUUUUUACCAAGGUCAAAUAGUUGGUGGGACUCCAUUGGUGGCUGAGCCGUUUGAUCAAGGGUCCAAAAAUACAACAAUACUUACAACAGGUUUAGGUGGGCCCAUCUUGGCAAUAAAUACUAGCCAUUGGAUGCAAAUGCAGCGUGAUUUUGCGGCCGGGAAAGUGCAAUUUCGGCUUCAAAUUACAUCCGUGAUUAAAUUCGAGAUUCAAUCAUGGGGUAAAACUACUAAAAAACAUAAAUUGCAUGUUAACUGUGCUGCUCCUGUUGGACCUGAUGGUUCGGUUUUGCACAAUUUAACGGAUAAAAGAUGCCCUGCUUAUUACACUUAAUACUUUUAUGACGAAAACAUGUAAUGUCUGACGAACUUAUUAUUUCUCGCCUUAUUGGUGUGGCACUAUGGUAUAAUCAUCUCUUUAUUUCUGUAUUAAUAUCAUUGAUCAAUUUUCUUUUGAGAAUUCUGAUUCCAAUCUGUAAUAACUCUCUUAAACCAAGGUUUACAGUAUAUGAUGGUAAAUAUAAAUUUUUGAAGAAGUGGGUUGUUUAUAAAUACAUUUUUUUAAUUGAUAUUGUA